AUCCGCGGGGCUUGAGGCGGCCGGUUGUGCUUUGAUAUCAAAUCCAGUGCUCACCGAUCCUGGUUUACAGUGAAAUUCUUUAAGGCAAUUUAUUGCUUUAGUUUUUUGUAUUGCUGAUUUGGAACUGCUGAUAAAUGAUGAAUGGAAUGAUGGGUGGAAGCGUCCUCUGGUUCCGCCAUGGCUUGCGGUUACACGACAACCCGGCCUUGCACGCCGCUCUGGAGGAUAAUACUGUACCGUUCUACCCCAUAUUCAUCUUCGAUGGGGAGACGGCAGGAACAAAACUGGUGGGCUACAACCGCAUGCGAUACUUGUUGGAAGCCCUGGAUGACCUGGACCAGCAGUUCAAGCGCCACGGCGGGCGGCUGAUCAUGCUCAAAGGGCAGCCCAAUGUGGUGUUCCGGAGGCUCUGGGAGGAGUUUGGCAUCCGCAAGCUCUGCUUCGAACAAGAUUGCGAGCCGGUAUGGCGCGCCCGCGACAACAGCGUGAAGCAGGCGUGUCGCGAAAUCGGCGUGACGUGUCACGAACACGUGUCGCACACGCUCUGGGAACCCGAUACCGUCAUUAAGGCCAAUGGGGGGAUACCACCACUCACCUACCAGAUGUUCUUGCACACUGUGGCAACGAUUGGCGACCCGCCACGGCCGGUCGGUGAUUUAGACCUGAGCGGUGUUAAGUUCGGCACGCUGCCGGAGUGCUUUUACAGCGAGUUCACGGUCUUCGAUAAGACUCCUAAGCCGGAAGACUUCGGGAUCCACCUGGAAAACGAGGAUAUUCGGAUGAUCCGCUGGGUCGGAGGGGAGACCACGGCUCUCAAGCAGAUGAAACACCGCUUAAGCGUGGAGUACGAGACAUUUUGCAGGGGCUCGUACCUGCCGACCCACGGCAGCCCGGAUCUGCUCGGGCCGCCCAUCUCCCUGAGUCCGGCGCUACGGUUCGGCUGCUUGUCCGUCCGGAGUUUCUACUGGGCCGUCCAGGACCUAUACCGCCAAGUGCACCAAGGCCGACUUCCUCCCAACCAGUGCAUAACAGGGCAACUCAUCUGGCGAGAGUACUUCUACACGAUGAGCGUGAACAACCCGCAAUACGGGCAGAUGGCAGGCAACCCUAUCUGCUUGGACAUCCCGUGGAAGGAGCCCAGCGGGGAUGAACUCAAGAGCUGGAUGGAAGGCCGAACUGGCUUCCCAUUCAUCGACGCGGCCAUGCGCCAACUCCGCAUCGAAGGCUGGCUCCACCACGCCGUGCGAAACACCGUGGCUUCAUUCCUUACCCGAGGAACUCUCUGGCUAUCCUGGGAACACGGCCUGAACCAUUUUCUCAAGUAUCUGCUGGACGCUGAUUGGUCCGUCUGCGCCGGCAACUGGAUGUGGGUCUCCUCCAGCGCUUUCGAGGCGUUACUGGACUCUGGAGAAUGUGCGUGCCCUGUCCAACUCGGACAACGACUGGACCCGAGCGGCGAAUAUGUUCGCCGCUACGUGCCCGAGCUCACCAACAUGCCGCCGCUCUACAUCUACGAGCCGUGGAAGGCGCCGAUCGAGGUGCAGGAGCGUGCCAAGUGCAUUAUCGGGCAGCACUACCCGGCGCCCAUCGUCAACCACCUGGCCGCCGCGCAACGCAACCGGAACGCCAUGCAGGAGCUCCGUCAAAUGCUUCAAAAGGCGCCGCCGCACUGCUGCCCGUCGUCCGAGGACGAAAUACGCCAGUUCAUGUGGCUGCCCGACGACGCCAUCGCUCAGGUCACCACUGCUAAACUACCCAAGGAAUAGAGUCCUAAAUCGCGUGGCAACUAGGAGGAUAUUAGUCAGACAACCAACGUACCAAGAAAUACGGAUUUGUUCGGUCUAAUGGUCUUUUGGGAAACAGAAAGCUGCUGUAUCUGGAAAUAGGUCACACAUGGCGUACCUGCCACGGAUUUGUACAAUCCUGGGCUAUGUCAACUGGUUUGUAUAGGCCUCAUCCACAGACCAGAGCAAUCGCGGUACAAAAUUGUAUGGGUGCGCAACCGCUUAUCUCAGUUGCGCCUAAAAAAUAUGACCAGUACUUGUGUAAAUUAAAAAUGUUUACAUUAAAUAAGCUUUAGGAGUGAACCUCGGCUGUAAUAGUAUAAAAUGGUGAAAAAUACAACUUAGUUGUAUUGCUCGAAUCGUAGUAUUUUACAAGUAAAAUUGCACCUGUGUGUGGCGACCUCAUGCUAAUGGGGUUGGCCGGUCGAAGUAUUUAGCAAAUGGCGCCAGCAUACCUUGCCCUAUCAAUCCAUAGAAUGGGGUUGGCAACUGUCAAAGGUUUAUAUAGAUGGCGCGAUCAUAGCUUGCCCCUUUUUCUAUGAGAUUUGGCUUAAAGGACUGGCAUCCAGGGCAUUAAAAAAAAACAUAAAUUUGACACAAUUCUAGGGAUUGACAGGGCAAGCGCUGUGCUGGCGCCAUCUGCUAAAUAUUUCGACCGGCCAACACCAUUGUGUCAAAUUUUUGUUUUUAUAAUGGAAUUUUAGGCACUGGAUGCCAGUCCUUUAAACCAAAUCUCAUAGAAAAGGGGCAAGCUAUGAUGGCGCCAUCCGCCAUGCAAACCUUUGACAGUUGCCAACCCCAUUGUAAACGCAUCAUAAUGCGGUGUCUGUGUAGUCUGUGGCGACUGUGGCCUCAUCGCUUGAGAUGUGAGGUAUUUGAUUGGCUAUGCUAGGACAUAAGUAUGGGACUUGGCUUGAAGCGUGCGUUCCGUGGCUCUCGGGUUAGGCGAUUACAUGAAACACCAGAUGGCUUAGCUUAGCUGACCAAUAAUUUUAUGACAUUAUAUCUUAUUGAUGCCAAAUGAAUAUUGUAAUUUAUUUUAAUCAAGCAAACUGAUGAUGCCUUGAAUGAUUUUCAGAGAACAAAUACUGCUUUGAAUAAAUAUUUUCAAAUGUUUCAUAUUAGAACGAGUAAUUAAUUAAAAAUUAAUUUGCUCGCAAAUAAACUAGCCUACCUAAAGUUAUUUUUAAUAGGUGCAUUUAAAUUUGACAGAGCUGUGCCAAUAACGUUAUUAUUAUCAUUAGUAGGUAUAUAUUUUUUAUGGAUAGGAUCCUGAUAGUCAGUAAAAAUUGCUGCGAUAUUAUGCGAUUUUUAUAUCGCAUUUUUUUACUUAGUAAUUGAUUCAGUGUUUAUCAGAUCUAUACAAAUAUUUUGAAUGUUUACCAUUUGUGUCGUUGUUGUUUCUAUGUUUAGCUAUAGGUUGUAGGUAGGCAUAAAUAGUAUUCUCGCUCGAAUUUACUUACUGUACCGUAAAAGUAUAAAAAUUUGCUUUUUAACAUAACUUUGCCCACCGCGUCACAGUUCAGUAACUGAAGAAAGUGUAUCUGUAACUACUUUUAAGUUAUUUCGCUUUUACUGAACUGUGACGCCGUGGGUAAAGUUGUGUUAAAGGGCAAAGUUUUAUACUUUUACGGUACUCGCGCGACUUCACAUAGUCUUUAUUAAUUAGGGAUGGGCCGAUUAUGGAGUUUGCUGAAUACGAAUAUUCGCCAGUGUUCGGUUCAGAUCUUACCGAACCGAAUAUUCGGCUGAAUUAUUUCAGCAAUUCCCUAGAAAAAAACUUGUCAAAAGGCUCGCAAACUUUACAAUACCUACUCUCUAAAAUAAUCAACACAUCUUAUAUUUUAACUUUAAUGACUACGGGAAAAGUUAACCUGAUGGAAGAGAAUAGGUAUUUUUGAAGGUUAAAUUGUUCUAGCGUAGCUUGUAUUUUACAGUGUAGCAACAAGACAAACUUAACUCGACAUUCGACUGAAUAUGUAUGUCUACAUUGGAAAACUUGCAGAACAGGUACCAAAUAAUUUCCGAAUAUUCCGCACACCUAGGUUUAUUUUGGGUUUAGGUAACUUUAUAAAUUUUCAAUGUGAAAGUUCUGCUCCUCGUCCUCAUCUCAGCCAUAAGACGUCCACUGCUGAACAUAGGCCUUCCCCUUGGACCUCCAUUCGUACCGAUUGGAAGCGACCCGCAUCCAGCGUCCUCCGGCGACCUUAACAAGGUCGUCUGUCCAUCUUGUGGGCGGACGUCCUACGCAGCUCUUGCUAGUCCGUGGUCUCCACUCGAGCACUUUUCGACCCCCUCGAACCUACCUUACCUCGUCCUAAAAUCGGGAUGAUUGAAAUAAUUUAAUACUGGCGUUUUUAAUCACUGCCAUAGAGACUAUAAACUUUAAAAUAUUUAGCCCUUUGAUCGCCAAGCCAAAGACGUCAACUGACGCUUGCGGCUACAUUGCGUGUAUGCCGCCAAGGUUCACGAUGACGCGCCGCGCACGUAUAACCACGGAAUAAGUAAUAGGUAGUACUACCGUACAGAAAGGACACUUCCUACAAAACCGAAGUUUGACAGCGAUUCAGGGUCCAAUAUUGAUAUCCCUUUCUAACUAAUGGCACAGAAGAAAUAAUAGUACUACCGUACAGAAAGGACACUUCCUACAAACCCGAAGUUUGACAGCGGUUCAGGGACGAAUCAUGCUAUCCCUUUCUAAUAUAUGGCACUAUCCCUUUCGGCUAUUUAGGGUUGUCAAAAUUCAAGUGAUUAUCUUAUCUGUGGUCGUGCACGCAAAAGGAAGUCAAGUGGUGCCAGCCCUAAUAAUUGCUCGGAGCAAUGCUGAGCCGAACGGAGCCGAGUUCGACCGAAGUCAAGAGUGUCUCCCCACUGGUACUACUAUACAAAAAGGAGUAAAGGACACUUCCUACAAAACCGAAGUUUGACAGCGAUUCAGGGUCGAAUAUUGAUAUCCCUUUCUAACUAAUGGCACUAUCCCUUUCGGCUAUUUAGUGUUGUCAAAAUUCAAGUAAUUAUCUUAUCUGUGGUCGUACACGCAAAGGGACAUCAAGGUGUGUCAACCCUAAUAAUCGCUCGGAGCAAUGCUGAGCCGAACGGAGCCGAGUUUACCCGAAGUCAGGAGUGUCUCCCCACUGGUAUAACGAUGGAUACGCGUAGGGUGGAUAAAAAAAUCAAGUGUUUUCGGUAAAAAUGUUAAACUAAGCUAAGAACUCGCGUGAGACAGUAACACUUUCAAAUCAAUGAUUGGUUAGGUAAGCGAAAGUACAUAUACAUAUGUCUAAUUCAUAAUUUCAAAAGUAGCUGUAGGACUUAACAGCUCUCAGACUUAGGUUUUUAGGUAUAAUUUCAAACUCAAACUGAACUGGGUUCAGUCAUUCUGUUUAGGGAUCAAUCGGUAAAAGGGUUUAAAUGUCAGUAGUUAGUAGCAACAAAUAAGUUUAGUAUGAAAAAAAAAAUAUCUCAAAUAGGUCAAACAUUUCUGGGGUAGUGGGGUACUGGGGUAUUAUAAAAAAUGUGGAUUUUAAGACAACAAUUUAUUAAUAACAAGCCAAAUUAUAGAAUAUCAGGGUAAAUCUAAGGUACCAAUGAAGACACAUGCCAAAGUAAGCCUUGUAUCAAUGAGACAAGGUCUAUAUUUAGGUGUCCUCAUGUGUAUAUUAUUUUGUAUGUAUUUUAUAUAAUAAAAUAUAUUAAGAAAAUAUUGAUUUUAGAAAAACCAAAUGCAUUUUACAAUGUUUAUAUACAAAUCAAUGUUAUUCCUAUUUACACAUAAUCUUAGUAGUUUCGUAAUAAAUGUCGUGUUUUAGAAGUUCGUUUUAUUUUUAUUACAAUCAGUACAAUCACACAUAAAAACUAAAGGAAUGGUUUUGAAAGUUUUGUUUAGUG